AGCAUACAAGCAUUAGGUUAAUGUAAAAUAUGGUGAAUUUUGAUAAAAACAGGAUUAUCCUGUUGUCUCACCUCAAUGUAACACUUUAUGCUUUGUGUUUUUGGAUACAAAUUGGAACUUUGCCAUAUUUGACCCAAAAGUUUGAUGUAGACCCAAUAACAUUUGGCAACUUACAAACCACGUUUGCUGUUGUGCAACUGAUGGGAGGACCUUUGUUUGGCAGAUUUGGUGAUCUGUUUGGUUGCAAAUAUGCUCUUGCAUUGGCUUUCAUAUCAGCGUUUCUCAGCUACUUUUUACUGGGUGUCGCAAAUACUGUGUUCAUUAUUUUCUUGUCUCGUUUACCUUCAGUAUUUAUGCACGCCAUGCAAGGAGCACAGAUGGUGAUCACAGAUCUAACUGAACCUUCUGAAAGACCCGACAAGUUGGGGAAGCUUGGUCUUUCAUAUGCAGUUGGUAUGGUGUUGGGGCCAGUUAUUGGUGGUUGGUGUACAACGUAUGCUAAUGAACAAGUUGCAGCAUUCGUGGCAGCUUGUGGUUCACUGUUAAGCAUUGUUCUUGUGGUUUUAUUCAUUCCAUCGAACACAAAAGGAUUUAUCUUAAAGGAAAACACAGAGAAAACUUUAAAAAAAUCGAAAAAACUACUCGACUUUGAUGUCUUUACCUCCCUGAUAUGGAAGAAUCCUUCAGCGAGGAAACUCCUUUUCGUGAAGAUGUUGUCCGGACUUCCUGUCGGGAUCCUCCAUGGGAUGUUUAGCAUGAUCGCUUUAAAUCAUUUUCAUCUUUCAGCCGAAGCGAACGGAUACGUUUUAUCCUAUGCUGGAUUUUUGUCCAUUAUUUCACAAGGAUUGGUAAUAGGACGGCUUACAAAGAGAGGAUUCAAUGAAUGGUCGUUAAUAAAUGGUUGUGUUGCUGUAUUGUGCGUCUCCAAUGCUCUCAUGUCAAUCUUGGUGAAUGGUGUCAUAGGGUUCUGUAUUUCCCUUAUACCCAUGGUGGUAGCAGGUGCAGUUUUCUCUACAGUUAUCCAAGCCAUGCUUACUAAGACUGUUCAAUCAGAAGAUACAGGAUCCAUGCUAGGAGUAAGUAUGGCGGUUCAUUCAUUAAUCCGAAGUGUCUCGCCUACAAUUGGUGGAUUCUUAUUCCAAUACUACGGAUUCUGGUCUUUUGGUGCGAUAGGAUUUCUAUGCAAUGGUCUGUUACUUGUUUACCUUCUUAUAAGCAAUCCAAGAUAAUAUUGCAAGUCUGAAAGUAAAAAUAAGCAAAAACAAAAGCCACUAAAAAAUGUUUCUGGAAAAUUUUUUUAAUGGUUUAUAAUUUUUUAAAAUAAUAAAAGCCAAAACAGUUUAAAUUGAGAUAUAAUCAACAAUCAAGAAUUUAUUUAGAAAACGUUUGUAUAUCAAGUUAUAUCAAAAACUUUAUUCAGACAUUUUGGUUGCACAUACACAAUUUGAAAACUACUAAAACAUUACAGAAAAUCUGUAGUGUUCUAGCAACUGUUAUUGUUUUAAACAUAAAUUGGUUAUAUUUUAUUUUACAUCAAACUUGUUUUUGUGCAUUCCUUUUGCUCUUCCAGCUCCUUGCUGCACUUUAAUAUUCAACAGUUAUUGAUGCAAUGUAUUUUAUUGUGUUUUACAGUUUAUUAUGCACAUAUAUAACAGAGAAUCAUUUUAA